AUCAUUGUCUGUGGCCUGCGUACACGCAGCGAUUUAAAGCAGCAAAACCAUGGUCUUUGCGAGUCUUAACCUUUUUGGCCUAACUGGUACUUGUAGAUUUAAUGUUAUACUCUUGUUAAAACUGGAAACUAUUUAUAUAAAAUCGUUGAGUACCUUGGGAGGAAGCUUUUGAGUAAGUUCCACGCUCAUAACUUAUGUGGCAAAGUACUUGUAGAGCAUUUCUUAUUAUUUAUUGGAAGGGAGGGGGCUGGGGGUGUAAUGUUAAACCAUUUAUUUAUUUUUAGAGUUAACCAUAUUAUUUCCCCCCAUAUAUUGAAAUACAAUUAUAUUUAUUAAUUGUUUAAGUUUUAUCCUAUGAUUGUGAAUCUUAAUAGGCAUAAAAAGGGUAGCUAAUUUGAAAUUAUCCCCCCCCCCCCCAUUGUUUUUUUGGUAUGGGGCAUGAUAAUUAUUACAUUGUACGUGAUCCCUCGGGGCGUGGUGUAAAAAUGAAUGGGAAGCCAGUGUAUACAUUUUGUUAGCACAAAGAUAUAAUUACGCCACAAAUACAUUACGGGAAGAAAAUCACACACAUUGAUCGUGAAGUUAAAGUUGUCCGAGGCAUUGUCAUUGUGAUAUCAAGCGAUUGUCAAAACAAAACAACAGUAUGAUGAUCAAUACGAAACACUGCAGUGAUUUUUAAAAUUCUUUUAACAAUAAUUAAAUAUCAUUGAAUUAGUUUUACAUUGGCAUUACACAUUAGUAAACACAAGGCCGGCAGACAUCAGCACCCCCCUCUCUGGGUUGUGGGGGGAUGCAAAAGGUAGGUUUGUUGUGCAGACGUCCUUUGUGGACAACCCCUAUCCAGAGCCGUGAUUUGUGUAGGCCCCCCAUUUUGGUUGAACCUCUGCCCAUAAAUCACCCCCAACCCCCACCCGGGGCAAGGAUCGAGUUCUUAGCAAAAAACAACAAAUAAAAAUACUUUGAAAUAGCGAAAAUCCUGUCCCAAGCGCAUUGUGCAAUGGCAAUGGUAUAUGUGAGAAAACAUUGUGUUUUACAUGAGAAUAGCACACCCCAUGCCAUUCUGGAAACACGACCAUGCACAUUAAUAUUAAUAUGAUAUUAUUGAUGAAAUGGUAUUUUCUUUGGGUGUUCGUAAAGUAAAAUGUAAAUAUUCAACUACAAGAAGAAUGUUGAAAUACAAUACAAUAAUCACUUAGUAUUCAAAAUGUUUCUCUUAUACAUGUUACAUACACUAUACAUGCGCUUUCAGAAUCUUUCAGUUUGUUUUCUAAUGUCAUACUCAUAUUACUAAUAUUACUGGUAUUUUCAAAGUCAAAGUGUUGAAACACUUAAUAAUCAGUUUUAAUAUGAAUAUAACAUAUAUUUAAUUUAAAUUGUUUAAAUUGCUAUAAAAUAUUUAAAAACUUCUCAGGAAACUACUGUUGCAAAUGAACAUGAUGAUUUAAAUAUAAAAUAUUUUAAAUUAAAAUGGGAAGGAAAAAAAACUCAAUCCCCUACUGGGAAUUGAACUCAAAAUAUAUUAUCUCCAAGCGUCCACUCUAUCACUUGACCACACAAGAUCUUAUCUAUCAGGCUUUUCUUAAGACCAGGCCAAUGGUAAAUUUUUGUCGCGGUGUACCCAGGCCAAAGCCCACGAUUUCGCUAGGUACACCGCCGCGGUUUACGCAGGCCAAAGUCGAUGGUUUUGCUAGGUACACCGCCGCGGUGUAGGCAUCCACUUCGAUUGGUUAAUUUAUUACUAAUUAGACUAGUAAUAAAAGUAGUAAACAACUAAUUAUAAACUAGUAGUGAGUCCUAUGGCUAAUUCAAGUUGACUAUGACAAAACUGAAACUAUUUUAAAAUUAAAAGCAGUGGUUACCAACCCAAUUAAUGAAUGAUAUUGAUAUGACCUCAUGUGACAGUUUUAGUUUAUUUGUAACAUAUUUAUAGGUCUCGGAAGCUUAAUUAUACUUAAUAGUAUUAUAAAUAUAAAUUUAAAAAAGAGGCUAAAUGAUGUAAAUAAUAAUUUAUUUAUACCUGACUUUAUUAUGAUAAUUACUAAUGACCUGCUGCAUAGGCAUAGUAGAGGGUGGGGGCCUAAAUAAAGUUUUAAAUUUAAAUCAAACAGUAACUACCCUAACCAAGUUCAAGUUAUUAUUUUAUAAGGCCUACCGCUGCCUAGUUAUAAAAUUAAAUAAUCAGGCUCCCAACUUAGCUUAGUGUUGUACUAUUUUUUAAUUAAUAAUGCCAUAGGGGUCUUCUCCAGGUCAGAUUGUUAGAUAGGGUAGGAAGUUUUAUUUUAUUUAUUUUAUAAAAUAUCUUAAAGAUUUAAACUUGUUUUUACAUUUUAUUUCGGCAUUUCUAAAACUAAGACCAUGGUCUGGAAUGAAAUUGACAAAUGAUUAAUGUAAAGUUAAUGUAAUUUAAUCUCAUGUCAUUGCUUACUGACUUACUGUUUAAUUGUAGGCCUAUUCUACUAAUUAAGUAGACCUACUCAGUAAUACUGUGCUGUGGGCUAAAUCAUUGUAAAUGUUAGGUUUGAAUUCUGUUUGAAAGCAUUAUUAUUUUUAUUUCAAUAAUAAUUUUAUUGUUCACAGGGCAAACUGAAGUUAAAAAUUUACCAUGAUCCGAAGAAAACCUACCCGCAUUGAAUUAAAGAUAGCUGAUUUAGAUGAGUAUGAGGCAAUAAAAAAGGAGAGAGAUGCUGCUGCCAAGAUUUCCAACAAAGCUGAUCAGAUUCUAACACCAGAGAUGUAUUCUACUAAGAGCCGGAUGGAGAUCAUUCAUGCUAGGAUUGGUUAUGAUCCAAAGCCUUUACCGCAGCCCUCUACAUUACCUCACUAAUUACAAAUCUCCAGAUGCAUAAUACUCUUUAAGAUUUAGUGGGGUUUUUUGUUAGGGAUUUAUGUACAUAUACAGUACUGCAUAGUUCGUAAAAAUUAAUAUUUUUCCUGAUUUAGGAAAUUUACCAAGCAAUUUGGACUGUAUAGAUGGUAAUCUUAGUUUAUCUCUUAGAGCCUUAAAAUUAUAAUCAAUAAACAUUAGGAUAUUCAUUUUUUUGCUAAUGAAGGAAGCAUCUUGUGCGAAAUAAUUGAUUCAAUAAAUGGAGCGCCAUUUCUAAUCUGUCUACCUAAUGUGCAGAUAUUCUGUGAUUUUAUUUGUAUGAGACACCUUGUUUCAGUUAAAUUUAACUAUAGUUGUCAUGGGUACAAGAAUUACAUUGAGGUCUUCAUUUGGCAAUCCAACUUUGGUAUCAAAGACCAGAAGAUUUGUCAAUUGUUUUUAUCAGCUAUUACAAGAACAUUUUGAUACAUUCUCUUAAUAAUUUUAAGAUAAUGUCAUUAAAAUUUACACAAGACUUCAAUUAAAGCUAGCUUUGGAGAGAAGACAAAUUUUUUUAAAUUCUAAAACAAGUGAGUUUGAAAAUUUUUUUAAAAAUAAUUGUAAGACUUUCUAUGUUUCAAAUUAAUCAAAUGAUGGAAAAGAAUCACUAAUUAUUUAGCAUGUUAUAAGUUAAUGAAUUGUUCGGCUAUAACUGUUAAUCAUAAAACUAUACACUUUCUAUUCUUAUGGCAAUGUUAUGUAAGUGCUUUACUGUAUUGAUAGAUGAUGUAAGAGUAAUGCUAGCAUGCUAAAUUUUCCUUUUUUUUAAAGUUAAUGCACAAGAACAUUUCAUGCCAGAAUCUGUCUCAAUAGCCAUCUGCAAACCCACAGCCUAGUUCCAAUUAGCAUAUAUGAUGAUUAAGGCGGUCAUAGUCGAUUUCGACUGACGAACUAUUAUAAAUGAGUUACUAAACUUAAUGUGGAUUGUUGUCUACAUUAAUUAUUAAAUUCCAUUUUUCUUCUAAAAGCAUAACUACUUUGACAUUGUUUAUAGAGUACAUUAUUUGAAUUAAAAUCAUUUAUGUAUAAUAAAAAAAAUUAUAAACAUCAAGAGAUUUUUUAUUACCUCUGUCGUAUGAAAAAUAGAAUUGUAUUUUCAAAUUGCAGUGUUUCCAGUAUCCACUAAAUCA